GUUGCUCACAAGACGCUGAUGUCAAAGAUGGCGGCACAAAUGUCAAUGUGAAUAUUCAUUAAAUAAUAUCGGCAAUUAUACAGCUGUAGCUUUAAUAGAAGUCGCUACAGUGGAUAGUGUAGUCUAGACCUUUUUUUCCUUCCAUAUAUGACAACAGAACGAUCGAGGAAAUGGCCAUUCUGGGUGAACUGAGUCGAAAUGUACGACUAUUACUAGGUCAAAUUCAAAGAUGCGGGCAGAGUGGGUUUACAAUCAACCAAUAUCUCAAGUCAGUCCGGCGUAUGAGCCAGGCGGCACUCCAGCUCCAGCCCAUUGUGGAUGAAUAUGACUCCGUGAACCCGACGUUUGUUAACAGAAAUCCACGAAACCUGGAGCAAAUGGCUCUGGCGGUGAAGGACAGGGGCUGGAAAACCACCUGGCCCUCCCAGAAGUUCUACCACAGGUUGGUGUUUUCUCGCUCACAGCAUCAUGUGACAGCAGAGGUGUUUGCCUACGGCGACCCGGUACCAGUGCUGUCGUGUUCCACCAGAGAGUGGGCCUUGAAGCGGGAGUUGGCGUCUACCUGCUGUGUGGCGGCCAGCCAAGCUGUGGGUGAGGUGCUGGCACAGCGGUGUCGACAGGCUGGCAUCACCAGGAUGGUGUACAAACACAUCCCCUGGCAGUACCGCUCUGACUCCGUACAGUUGUUUCGGACGGCGAUGAAAGAGGGAGGAGUCAUCCUCAGUGAACCGCGACAGAAAUUCAUCGGCACCUGACAAAACUGAAUGUAAAGGCUCCUACAGCCAAUCAACAUGGUUUUCCCUUCCUGUUUAGGUGCCGUCCCAUUUUAUUUGUACAUUAGUGUGUGAUUAAAUAAAAGGCAGAUCAGU